CUUAACACUGUGCUAUCGCGGCACAGUGAUCCGUCUUUCACGAUGGAAGCUGAUCUUUCCUGUGCUGUUUGCUAUGAUCUGUAUAAAGAUCCUGUCUUACUCAACUGUGAUCACAGCUUCUGUCGAUUCUGUGUGACCCAGUACUGGGAGAAAGCUGACACUGCCUGCUGUCCUGUCUGUAGAAAGGAGACUUCCUCCAGGACCCUGAGACCCAACCGCACUCUCUCCAACAUCGUGGAGACAUUUGUAAAAAGUGGUGGAGGUGGUGAAAUGCAGAUGGAAUGCAGCCGACACAAGGAAAAGAUUACAUUAUUUUGUAAAUCUGACAAUCAGCUCAUCUGUCUGGUUUGUCAGUCUUCAAAAAGUCAUCAGAACCAUGAGGUGCUGCCAGUGGAAGAAGCUGCUGAAGAGUUGAAGGAGGAACUGCAGACCUCCCUGAAGCCAAUUCAGGACAAGAAGAAGGAAUGUGAAACUGUGAAAAGUGAUUAUGAGAAAACAUUGUCCCACAUUCAGGACCAAGGUGUAAAAACAGAGAAACAGAUUAAAGCUGAAUUUGAAAAACUUCACCAGUUUCUCCAUGAGGAAGAGAGGAUUGUGUUGGAAGAUCUGAACCUGGAGAAAGAGAAAAGCAGUCAGAAGGUGAAGGAGAGGAUUGAAAAAAUAACAGAGGAAAUCUCAUCCCUUUCAGUCACUGUUCAGGAUAUUGAACAAGAGCUGAGGGAACAGGACAGCAUCACAUUUUUAACAAAAUUUCCGGAUACAAAGCAAAGAGUGAAGCUAACUUUCCCAGAGCCACAGAAGGUUUACCCUUUAAUAAAUGUGGGCAAGUACAUUGGCUCCCUGCAGUACAUACAGGUGGCUCCAGUGACCUUGGACCCUAAUACUGCCAAUCUUUACCUUCUCCUGUCUGAGGACCUGAGCACUAUGAAAAACACUGGGAAAUGGGAGCAGCGUCCGAACAAUCCAGAGAGAUUUGAUCGAUGUCCCUGUGUUUUGGGAUUGGAGGGAUUCACAUCAGGGAGACAUUCCUGGGAGGUAGAGGUGGGGAACAAGCCUCAAUGGAAUAUCGGUGUGGCCAAGGAAUCCAUCAACAGGAAGGGACAGAUCUACCUCAGUCCAAGUAAAGGAUAUUGGGCAGUGGUGCGAAGAGAUGGGAAUGAAUACUUGGCUUGUGAUGAGCCAUGGAAACAUUUAAAGCUGAGUGUGAAUCCGAGGAAGAUCCGAGUCUAUCUGGAUUAUGAGGGAGGGGAGGUGUCCUUUUAUAACUCAGAGAACAAGACCCAUAUCUACACUUUCAAUGGGACAUUCACUGAGAAACUCUACCCCUUCUUCAGUCCAGGUUUUAAUAUCGAGUGUAAAAAUCCAGAACCACUCAAAACCUGUCCCCAGUCAGUAACCAUCCAGGAGGAUGAUGGGUCAGUCCAUUUCUCCAACUCGAAAUAACGUCUUCUGCUUGCUACACCACUCUCAGACUCAGUACCAGUAGCUUCUCAUAGUCACUGGGAGGUUCACUGGGACAUCAGCUGCCCAGUACCCCCAUUUCCUCUCCAGCCCUCCCCACCAUACUUUUGACUCACUGGUGAAUGUGAGAUUCUGGGAAAAUCCCACACACAACACAGCAAUUAUCAUAGAUAAAUGCCACAAUCACUGAGAAAUACCCACAGGGUCUGGGACAUGCAUAAGAAACAGGAGCAGGAAUCGGCUGUCUGGCCUCUCAAGCCUGCUCCACCAUUCAAUAAAGAAGUGCAGGUU